AUGGAUGACGAGAUCAUGGCUCUUCGCCUUCAGCUGGAUGAGGUUAAUUCAUUCGAGAAUCCGACGUCACUAAAAGGAAAAUAUCGUCAAAACAGCCCGCCCGAUGAUGUAGUCGCUUUCGAAGGGUUCCAAGCGGAGGUAUUGGCACAUAUAAAUUUCAUGCGGGACCUGAGGCUCGCGCAUAGUAUUGCGAAUGCCGUCGAUGCCGAUGCUCAGCUCAUCGCGGAGCUCACAGCCCUAGACGUACAGAUACAGGAAGACAGGCGUUUCGCAAUAAGGCUGGACAAAGAAGAGCGUGGAACGGCAGAUGGUAGUGAAGAUAUAGAUUGGACCCAGUCUGAAACGCCUUUCAAUGCGUCUCAUUGCUUGAUCGGGCUCGAUGAUGACGAAGAAGAACCAGAAGCCGGGCCGUCCAUGACUUACGCGCAAAGACAAGCCCAAGCCCUUGGUAAACUUUCAGAAGAGCAUCGCUGCGUUGCAUGCUUUGGAGAUUUCUGUGGGACGACAACAAUCAAACUUUCAUGUGGAGACCGAUAG